AUAUUUUCGUUUACUAGGAAAUUUUUCAAAACGAUUCAAAUCUAAAAAUUCACAAAAAUGAUUACAGAUUUGUUAACACCAUCAUCGUUACGGCAGCCAAAAUCAACAAAUACAAAACAAUCGAAUAUUGAAAAAAGAAAUCGAUCGAUAAAAAUCAAUGAUCAAAAUCAUAAACAUUCAUCGAUGGCUCCAGGGAAUCUUGUUACUGAUAAUAAUCAUUUACCAAUAUCGCCAACUAUUUCAGCUAAUACAAUGGCAUCAUAUUUAUCUUCUCUUCUUCAUCCUCAUCAUCAGCAUUAUAUUCAUUCAUUACCAACACAUUCGGAUGUUUAUUCUGAACAGUAUGCUCAAAUUAAUAAACUAUCACCAACAAUCAAUCCAUUGUUGAAUAAUCAUCAAAAAUUUAUGGAUAAAUCAACAAAUUUCGAUAUAAAUACUUCAACAUUUUUUGAACAAAUUUAUGCAAAACAUUUUCCAAAUUUACCUGACAAAUUAAAAGUUUAUUAUAAUAAUAAAUCAACAUCAAAUGAUAAUGAAUCAAUGAUGAUGAUGAUGAGCAAUACUAUUUUGAAAAAUUUUUAUAUUGCAACAUCUAUCGAUAUUCAACGUUCAACAACAUUUGGACCAUAUACAGCUAAAAUUGGUAAAAGUCGUCAACAUUUAUCGAAUGCAGAUCAAUGUUUUAAGGUAACAGAUCGUUCGGGAACAUUUUCUGCAUGGGUAGAAUUAAAAGAUCCACAAGUUUAUAAUUGGAUUGCUGCAAUUCGACAUUUAAAUCAAAAUUUAACCGAAGCUGAACAACAACUUGCCGAUAAUGAUGAUGAUUCAGAUAAUGGCAAUAAUAUUCAAUCAAAUAAAAAACGAUCAACUAUUUUGGUCGAUAAUGAUUCUUCUUAUCAUUAUAAGAAUUCUGCGGAAGAAAAAAUCAAAUCCCGCGAUGCUAACGCCAUCUUGUUAUUGUUUUGUGGACAAAUUUAUCUGGAAGUGACACGCGAUCUAACACGUGGCCAAGAAUUAAUAUUAUAUUCGAAUCAAGUUUUACUCAUACAUGAACAUGAUGUAUGUUAUCAGAAUAAUGGUAAUCGACAAACAGGAUAUCGUUAUGGUAAUGGUCUCAUUACUGGUCAAACAACGACCACCAACAAAUCAUCAUCAUCGUCCGUGGUAGCAAAUUUGAAUUCAAAUUUCGAACAGCAACAACUACCUUAUCAAAAUCAUAAUCAUCAACAACAACAUUCUAAUCAUUCGAUAUCAGAUCAUUCUAUUGAUUCUUUAUGUUCAAAUCAGAAUAAUAUUAUUGAUCAUAAAAGACAACAAAAACAACAACAACAACAACAACUUCGAUCAUCAUCAUCGAAUAGAAAACACCAUCGUAAUCGUCGAUCAUCGACUAAAACAAUCAUCAGCUCGGAUGUGGAAUCGAAAUCUGUUGGCGAUAAUGGUGAUAAUGAAUGUAAAUCUAAUGCCGAAGAAAUAGAUCGAGACGAAUUGAAAAAUCAAGAUUUGUCAUUUAAAGAUAAAAGUUGUAAACAACAAUCGGAACAUUUUGCCGAUAAUAAUAAUGAUGAUGAUGAUGACGAUGAAUGUUAUGAUGAUGAAAAUGAUGAACAACCACCAAAUGAUGAAGAAUCAAAUGAUUCAAAUGGCCGUUAUGAUGAUUCACAAAAUUCAUUGCUAGAUCCAAAUGAAAGUGAAAAUCGUGAAUAUCGUUGCGAUCAAUGUACAAAAAUUUUUCAUUGGCGUUCAAAUUUAAUUCGACAUCAAGCAUCUCAUGAUCAUAAUCGUCGUUAUUCAUGUGAAGCUUGUCGUAAAUCUUUUACUGAUCAAUCUAAUUUACAACGACACGUUCGUAGUCAACAUUUAGGUGCUCGUGCUCAUGCUUGUCCUGAAUGUGGUAAAACAUUUGCUACAAGUUCCGGUCUAAAACAACAUACUCAUAUACAUUCAUCUGUGAAACCAUUUCGUUGUGAAGUAUGUUCAAAAGCUUACACUCAAUUUUCAAAUCUUUGUCGUCACAAACGAAUGCAUGCUAAUUGUCGAUUACAAAUUCGUUGUGAUCGUUGUUCGCAAUCAUUUUCAACCGUUACUGCAUUAACAAAACAUAAACGUUUCUGUAAUGAUUCUACUUCCAAUUCUACACAAAAUUCAAAAAUAACUACCGGUGUUUUAAUUUCUCCAACAACUUCGACAACAUCAAGAAAUAGUUGUGAAAAUAAUCUUAAAAAACAAAUAUCUAAUCAAUCGAAUCAGCAGCAUAAAACUGGCAUCUCAAAUCUGUUUAAUUCUCCUAUCUUUUCAAACAACACUGAAUUGUCACAAUUUAGUGAUGAUAACAUUAAUUCGAAUUUGCUUCAAUUGUUUCAGAAUUCACAGAAUCCAACUUUUGCUUUAGCCGCUGCUGCAGCUGCUGCCAAUCCACUUCUAAGCCACCUUUUUAAUCCUUUAUUGUUACAACAAACAUUUCUUAAUGAUCAGAUUGAAAAUAAACUUUUAGACAAACAGGAAUUUAAUGAUAAAACUUCAAUUGAUGGUGCUGAAUUGAACGAUAGCAAUAAAUUGAAUAAUAAAAACGACGACGAAACAGAAAGAUCUUCAUCACGUUCUUCUUCAGUUUCAUCACAUUCUGAAGAUUCAAACAAUUGCGAAGAAAACGUUCCAUCUCUGCAUAUUGAUUCCAAACAAGCAAGUAAUUCGGAAAACAAUUUAGAAACAAAGUCACUUGAAGAAUCGAUUAGCGAUAAUCAAGAAUCAAACGAGCUAGAAAGUAUCGAUAAAAAUAAAACAAAAGUGAAAAAUUCCGACGAAGACGAUAAAGCGAUGUCGACAACAUCAUCACAACAUCAUCAUACAAAUAACCAUCGUCACCAUAAUCGUCGUUCUUCGCAAACUAGUCAUCAUCAGGACGUAUCUACCACUGAAUCAAUUUCAAACAUGUUUCCAUUUAGUUCAACAAAUACCAGUGCUGGAUCUGGUAGUAUUGCAUCUCCGAAUUUCGAUUACCGAACAGCCGCUGCAUUGGCACAGUCAAUACAAUCGAAAUUCUUUCAUAAAAACGCUACCGGUAAAGAUUCACCAAAUUAUAAUGUUCAAGAUGAACCGGAAAAAACGAAAAAGUCUACCAAUUUUUCGAUUAAUUCUUUUCUAGAUCAAACGACUAAUAAUGAUAAUAGUGGUAAAAAACAUAAUCCUGAUGAAAAGCCACUUGAUUUAAGUUCACCAUCUGGUCUCGGGCCAACUAUGAGUCCAACAUUAUUGAAACAUCAUAAAACAGGAUUGGAUUCAUUCUUACAAACAGCUGGUGCAUCAUCCAAUAACGUAAUGUUACAACAAGCAAUGGCCGCCGCAAUGUCCAAUCAACAUUUCGGCUCUUCACCAUCAUCAUCAGUAUCAUCGACAAAUGAUCAUCUCAUUCGGCAACAACAACAAGCGUUAACCGCUUUUCUUUACGGUAAUCCUGCGGCUGCAGCUGCUAUGGAUCCUCCGACAGCAGCGGCAGCUGCAAUGAUUCAACAGCAACAGCAACAUCAACAACAACAAGCACUGAAUGCACAACAAUUUGAUUGGAACCAAUUUUUGUUCGAACAUUAUCGAUUCUUGAUGGCGAACAACGCAAAUAAACCGAUGACUAAUAGUGGUAACGUAAACAAUCAAAAUGAUAAUCCAUUUUUGUCUUCAAUGGCAACAUCUACAAAAGUAUCAUCACCAUAUGGAGUAUCCGGAUCACGUGUUCCAUCAAAUCAAACAUCGAUUGCUCAGCAACAAUCAAAUUCAUGGCUUGAAUCCUUUCAAAUGAUGCAAAAACUGAUUCAAGAUCAGCAACAAAACAAUAAAACGUCUUCAAAGCAUCAACAGCAGCAAUCUUCUCCAUCAUCGAAAACGUCUUCAUCAUAUCAUUCAUCUGGAUCAUCUCCGUUUUUUGGUCCAAAUUUAUCAGCAUUUCCCGGUGUUCAUCAUCAACCACCAGCUUCACUUGUGAAUCAUAAUCAUCCACAUAGUCAGCAUCGAUACUCAAAUGGAUUUCCUAUUCAAUCUUCCGGUGCUAGCAUAGCUGGUAAUAACACCUUUACAUCAACAACGUCGAAUGUUGUGUCCACUCCGAUUUCGACAUCAUCACCAAAUUCCAUUGAUAAAUCUCCUGCAAUGGUGAAAAAAGCGGUUCCGUCUUCUAUGAAUUCGACAUCAGCAUCUAAUCCAUCGAAAGGGUCUUCAGCAUCAGCAAGGAAAUCUUCAAAUACACAACCACAACAUUCAUCGACAAAACAUCGAUACCUCAACUCUGGUCAUCAUCAUCCACAUUUGCCUACUAAAAUUGUUCCACCGAAUCCAUUGACUUCACAUCGUUCUGGUAAAGAACGUUAUGCUUGCCGUUACUGUGGCAAAAUGUUUCCACGUUCAGCUAAUCUUACCCGACAUCUUCGAACACAUACUGGGGAACAGCCGUACAAAUGUAAAUAUUGUGAACGAUCAUUUUCGAUUUCAUCGAAUCUGCAACGACAUGUCCGUAAUAUUCAUAACAAAGAAAAACCGUUUAAAUGUCAUUUAUGUGAUCGAUGCUUCGGACAACAAACCAAUCUAGAUCGACAUUUGAAAAAGCAUGAAAGCGAUCAGCAAACAUUGCCAUCACAAACAUCACAGUCAUCUCUUCCACCCACUAUGGUUGAUCCAGAACGAAUCAAAGAAUUUUUACGUUUACAACAACAGCAACCAAAUAUACCAUUAGAUGAUAGUUAUUUUGGCGAGAUUCGUUCAUUUAUGGGUAAAGUGAUGAACAAAAAUAAUAACAAUAGCAAUCAUCUUAAAAAUUCACAUUCUGCUGCAGCGGUUGUUGCCGCUAUGAAUCGUGGUGGUCAAAAUCUGAAUGAUGUUCUGGCCGCAGGUAAUCCUGCAUUGGAAACACUGCAAAAAAUAUAUCCGCUACUACCUGAUUUAACAAACGCAUGGAAAAUGAAUAAAAAAAUGAAUGGCAAUCCAUCGGAUAGCCAAAAUUACAAAAAAAAUUCUGUAGAUAAAAAAUCAAAUGGAUCAUUAGAUGGUAAUAAUAGCGAAGCAACUAUGAUCGAAGAUGAUGAUGAUGAAGAUAUCGAUGAUGAUGUUGAUGAAGAUGAAGAGGAAGAAGAAGAAGAAUGCUCCGUGAACAGUGGAGCAGAAUCAUGUUCUGUUGAUGGUGAUGCUAGUGGUGUAGAUAUUGAAUCUGAAUUAGAUGUGGAAACUGCAUCACCACAAACAACAAUUUCGUCUAAUAUUGCGACUAACAAUAAGGAAGAUGAUCAAGAAUCUUUAGUCGAUGAUGAUUAUGAUGGUGGAAAGGAUUAUAAACGAGAAAAAAUAGAUGUUUCUAAAAAGUCAACAAAAAGGAAACAAAAUUUUGAUGAUGAAGAUGAUAUAGAAAAUGAAGAAGAAUUAAUUGUUGAAGAAGAAGGAUUUGAGGAUGAAGAUAGUAACGACAAUAAAGAUUUCGAAGACAAAGACCAAUAUGCGAAAGAAGAAGAAGAAAAAGAACAAGUUAUUAGAAAAUCACCAUCUUAUCGUAAGCGUUCACGUAACAGGGAUGAUAUCAACGAUGGUCAGGAAUCGGAUAUUAAAAUAAAAAACGAAGAAAUAGAAGAAGAUCCGAUUGAAGUUUGAU